UCGUGAUUCUAAGUUAACGGCAUGUCUCAUUAGAAAUAUUACUAUCUGCCUGCGGGACUUGAAUACUGGCCUCCUCGCAUCGCUCGAUACGAGUACACCGGUCGUUUUAUCUAUUAGGCCACAGAUACAUUAAAAUAACAGAAUCUUUUUAAUAAAUUUCAGACAUGCUACAUUGAAAGUUGAAAAACAAUGGCGAUUUCCACGGUUGCAGCUACAGCCAUUAAAUCAGCUCUUGCCAUCGGCGGUCUGCAUACACUUACUUUCAUACCGAUAAUGCUAGCGGCCAUGGCCUAUUUCAACUAUGAACUACUAGAUCCCGAACAAAGACCGUUCAAUCAGAAAUAUUUGAGAGAAACAUAUGAUUUCAUAGUGGUCGGAGGAGGAUCUGCCGGAUCUGUAUUAGCUAAUAGACUGUCUGAAGUUGAAGGUUGGAAUGUCUUGCUUUUAGAAGCAGGAGGUCACGAAACCGACAUCAGUGAUGUUCCCUUACUGUCAUUGUAUUUGCAUAAGAGCAAACUUGACUGGAAAUACCGGACCCAACCGCAAGACACGGCUUGCCAAGCUAUGAUCGACAAACGAUGCAGCUGGACUAAAGGCAAAGUCUUGGGAGGCUCUUCAGUUCUCAAUACCAUGUUGUAUAUAAGAGGGAACAAGCGUGAUUUCGAUCAGUGGGAGUCCUUUGGAAACCCGGGGUGGGGCUAUGAAGAUGUCUUGCCGUAUUUCAAGAAAUCUGAGGACCAACGCAAUCCGUACUUGGCAAAGGAUACCAAGUAUCAUCAAACUGGCGGGUAUCUAACUGUCCAAGACUCCCCGUAUAAUACUCCGAUCGGAGCUGCGCUACUCCAAGCUGGUGAGGAAAUGGGAUAUGACUUUAUCGACGUAAACGGAGCUCAACAAACUGGAUAUGCGUGGUACCAGUUUACUAUUCGAAGAGGCACCAGAUGUUCCACAGCAAAAGCUUUCCUGAGACCUGUAAGACUACGACAGAACCUUCAUAUCGCUCUAUUCUCCCACGUCACUAAAGUUUUAAUUGACAAGGAUACGAAAAGAGCAUACGGAGUCGAAUUCCUUAGAGAUGGCACUCAGCAAGUCGUUUAUGCAAAACGAGAAGUUAUAUUGGCGGCUGGAGCAAUAGCUUCGCCUCAAUUACUUAUGUUGUCUGGUGUCGGACCCGAGCAACACCUAAAAGAGGUGGGGAUCGAUGUGAUUCAUGAUUCUCCUGGAGUCGGGAGAAACCUGCAAGAUCACAUCGCUGUCGGAGGCAUUAUCUUUCGAAUCGAUUAUCCCGUAAGUUUGGUUAUGAAUCGUCUUGUGAACAUUAACUCUGCUUUACGGUAUGCCAUCACCGAGGACGGUCCACUUACAUCCAGCAUCGGCCUCGAAGUUGUAGCUUUUAUUAAUACUAAAUAUGCAAAUGCUACUGACGAUUGGCCUGACAUUGAAUUUAUGAUGACAUCAUGUUCGACGCCUUCUGACGGAGGUACACAAGUGAAAAAAGCACACGGACUGACGGAUGAGUUCUACAAUGAAGUUUUUCAAGAAGUUAACAACAAAGACGUUUUCGGUAUCUUUCCGAUGAUGUUACGUCCAAAAAGUAGAGGAUUUAUUAAACUACGCUCUACGAAUCCCCUGGACUACCCUAUAAUGGUCCACAAUUACUUGACGCAUCCUGAUGACGUUGGAGUACUGAGAGAAGGGGUGAAAGCCGCGGUAGCAGUUGGAGAAACAACAGCCAUGAAACGUUUCGGAUCAAGGUUUCAUGCAAAACCUGUCCCGAAUUGUAAGCACCUACCUCCUUAUACUGACGAAUAUUGGGACUGUUUUAUCCGUCAAUACACCAUGACCAUUUAUCACGUUUCGUGUACAGCGAAAAUGGGUCCCUCUAGUGACCCGAUGGCAGUUGUGGAUCCAAGAUUAAAAGUAUACGGGAUCGAAGGUCUUAGAGUGAUAGACGCAAGUAUUAUGCCCACAAUUACUAAUGGAAAUAUUAAUGCUCCAGUCAUAAUGAUCGCUGAGAAAGGAGCUGAUAUGAUCAAAGAGGAUUGGUUACCAAAAUCUAAAAAACGACGACGCAGAAGCAUCAGAUGCUCUAGAUUAGAAAAAAUUAGUUUAGGCCGUCAUAAUAGUAAGCUUUGCUCAAUUAAAAGAUGA